AUGUCAACAAAGGAAGAGAUUUACGAAGAAGAAGAGGAAGGCUAUGGUGAUGAAAAUGAUCCUCCACAGGAUCGUUUCAAUACCAGAUGCCGUUUCCAAGACGAAGAAGCAGCUAUUGAAAUCUGGAAUCAAUUUCAAGCAGAAAUUGAUCCUUGCAAACCAGAUGAAUUUGGAUCUACACCACUUCACGCAAUUGCUGCUAAUGGUAUGGUUGAAUUACUUACUGAAGUUCUUAAAAAACCAGGUAUCAAUGUCAACGUUAAAACACUCAGCGAUAACACCCCACUUCAUUUUGCUGCAAUCAACGGAAAUAACAAAAUUAUAAAGAUUUUACUUGCAGCAGGAGCUGAUACUAAAAUCAAAAACAAACAAGGUCAGACUGCUUACUUUGAAGCUGCUUCUAGAUUUGCUGAUGGAAGUGGUAAGCAAGAAGUAGAAACUGUUGAUAUGUUACUCGGACCUGAUAGCGAAAUUCCAAAAGAUAUUGAGGCUGAAGUCGAGAAAGGUGAUUUAGAUGGCCUUUAA